AUGGUCGACGAAAUAAGAAAUCGCCACGAAAUAAAACUCCUCGCCCUAGAAGGCAAACCCUCCAUCACAAACUACAUCUACAACUCCAACCACUUCACCUGCCCAGCCUACCUCCAAGUCCCACUGGAACUGAGCGUCGCCCAAUCCAACCUCCACCAAUCCGCCUACAACGCAGUUCGAGGCAUGAAAGAAAUCAUGCAUUUCCGCGACCACCGCUUCAGCUUCCUCUGUCCCCAGACACCCAAAUCAGAAUGGGCAAUCCACUGCAAAUCAAUGCAACGACUCAGAGAGUGGGAGGAAGACAUCUACCCCCCCAUCAACCAAUUCAAACCUACUCUACGACUUCACUCUUGCCCGCGUCCCAGAUUGCCUAAGGAGGUGAUUCGCAUCCGUCUUGACGCGAAAUACUAUGGCCGUUUUGUGUCGUCGUAUGUCAACUUUUUGGAUGAAUUUUUUCAUGGACCUUGGACUGAGUACAUGAAGUGGAAACAUGAGGUUGAGAAUCUCGCCGCGCAUGUGCUCAGUGAGUUUGUCUAUCACGAGUGGAGAUAUUGGUGGGAUAGGGAGUUUUGCCCCGACAUGAGUAAGUGGGAAGGCUGCUGUGCCAUGCUACCGAUGCCCCUGUGGGAAGACGUUAUCGAUGAGCUUUAUCUCAUGAUUGUUGAUCGGGUCGAGGAUCCCGAUCAGAUGGCUUCCUCCCUCUGUCGUAUUAGGGGUCUUUCCGGUCGAGUACACCCCGGCAGGGCCGGGGCUGGGUCUGGAUCGCCUCUGUCGAGGGUCCUGGAUGGCGCUGUGGAUGAUGGAGCUGUUGAGGUCAAUGUUUACCUGGGUCCGGAUGCCAUCGAUCCUCCUCAAGAGGUGGGCGAGGAAGGGGCGGAGAUUAAGGUGUGUCUGGAUGUGAAAUCUAUCGACUUCGCUCCUCAGGCCUAG